AUGAAUACGCUCACAGUCCACGGUUUCCUCCACUCGCUGCGUCGUUCCUGCACACGUUCUUAUGCCGCAGCUGUGGCAGGAUCAAGCCCAGUUAAUCCUUAUACAGUUGGUCCGUUCCAAGUCUUUGACCGAAAUGCAAAACGUAUGCAGAAGGACCGUGCUGCUAUUCGAGAUGGCGGUGAACGGAGCCGGACAGUUGACUAUAUUCGAGAUGAAAUUGCAGACAGGAUGGUUGAACGAUUCUUAGACAUUAAACGCUCCUUCGAGAGCAUUGUCGACCUUGGCGCUGGUCCCGGUCACUUCACCAAACUAUUAGAACCGGAGAACGCCCAGAAGUGUAUAAUGCUUGACCUUAGUCGCAAAAUGCUUGAACGGGAUAAUGACGAAGAAUACGCAAGUUUGUCCUUUCUUGAGAUAGAAAGAAUUGCUUGUGAUGAAGAAACGCUUCUUCAGACCAUACCGUCGAACUCUCGAGAAGCCAUUGUAUCUUGCCUGAGCCUCCAUUGGGUGAAUGAUCUUCCUGGUACACUAAUUCAGAUUAGAGAAGCUCUGAAACCCGACGGCGUUUUCCUUGGGGCUUUAUUCGGAGGUGAUACACUAUUUGAACUUAGAACAUCACUUCAGCUCGCAGAGGCCGAGCGAGAAGGUGGAAUAUCACCUCAUGUGUCUCCGAUGACUAACAACAGUGACAUGUCCAAUCUCAUGGGACGUGCCGGCUUUACGUUACUUACCAUCGACGUUGACGAAGUGAAAGUAACUUAUCCGAGUAUAUGGGAACUUAUGGAUGACUUGAGAGAUAUGGGAGAAAGUAAUGCAGUACUAGGCAGGCGGAAUAUCAUUCAUCGGGAUACGUUGGCAGCAGCAUCUGCCAUCUACAAAGCAAUGCAUGGGAAUGAUGAUGGUACGAUCCCCGCAACAUUCCAAGUGAUCUUUGUUAUCGGCUGGAAGCCGUCACCCAACCAGCCGAAACCUCUUGAGCGAGGGACAGGGCAAGCAAACCUUAAAGAUGUUCUGUAA